AUGAAAUUUGGCCAUAAGAUAGCUAUCACCAAGAAGGAGGAGUCUUUUAGGAAACAGGUGUGGGAAAAGAACAUGAUGUUCAUUAAUGAUCAAAAUCUUCUCUACAAGGAGGGGAAGCUGAGUUACUAUUUGGGAAUGAAUAAUUUGGGAGACCUGACUGAUAAGGAAUUCAAGAGAAUGCUGAACCCUAGCAUGUUACAGAGGGUAAGAAGAGAUACUAUUACCAAGAAUUUUUCCAUUUUUUCUCACCUUCCCAAAUCAGUGGACUGGAGGGAGAAGGGCUUCAUCACUCCUGUUAGACAGCAGGGGAGGUGUGGCUCCUGCUGGGCAUUCUCAGCAACUGGAGCUGUGGAAGGCCAGCUCUUCCUGAAAACAGGCAAACUUGUGGAACUGAGUAAACAGAACUUAAUUGACUGUUCUAAAUUCCAAGGCUGUCGUGGAGGAACUGUCACUAGUGCUUUCGAAUAUAUUUUUAAAAAGGGCAUUGUCUCUGAGGAGUGCUACCCUUAUGUGGCCAAGAAAAAUUCAUUGUGCUCAUACAGAAGUGAAUGUGCAGCUGUUAAAAUCAGAGAUUAUGUGGUACUCCCUUUUGGAAAUGAAGAAAUUUUGAUGAAGGCUGUGGCAAUCGUGGGACCGGUGUCUGUGUCACUGAAUGUACGGAAGUCCUUGCACUUCUACAAAGGAGGAAUUUAUGUUGAACCAAAAUGCAAACGACGUAACACAAAUCAUGCUUUAUUAUUGGUUGGAUAUGGAUAUAAGGAAGGAAAAAAAGAUAAAAAGAGCAGAUUGGAAGAAGAAAACCAAUAUGAAGAGACAAAAUUCUGGAUUCUUAAAAAUAGCUGGGGUGUGAACUGGGGUAAAAAAGGCUAUGUGUACAUUGCAAAAGACAAGAACAACCACUGUGGUGUUGCUACGCGUGCCAUCUAUCCUAUUCUGUAA